AUGGCCGCCCUUGCCGCUGCCCAGGCGCAGACCAUCACCCAGUCCAAGCCCAAUGUCUUCGCCGCACGCCGGGCUCAGCGCCCCAGUGCACGCUUCGCCGUGAAGGUCCAGGCCGCGGUGGCGGCACCGGAGGUGACCUACACCGAGACGGCCCCCGACUCGCUGCUGCGCCCCGGCAUCGACGACCCCAACAGGCAAGCCAGCCAGCAGCAACCCCCGCCCUACUCAAGCCUGGCCUGCCCGAACCCGCCCGCUCCCCGCCCCCGCAGCAUGCGCGGCCGCUUUGAGAAGAUGAUCCGCGGCAUCCAGAAGCAGGUGUGCGCCGCCAUUGAGGAGGUGGACGGCAACACCUUCCGCCAGGACGCCUGGACGCGCCCCGGCGGUGGCGGCGGCAUCACGCGCGUCAUGCAGGAGGGCAACGUGUGGGAGAAGGCGGGGGUGGCGGUCAGCGUGGUGUACGGCACCAUGCCCGCCGAGGCCUACCGCGUGGCUGUGGGCAAGGACAUCCCCUUUGCCAAGGACGACCGCGUGCCCUUCUUCGCCGCCGGCAUCUCCUCGGUCAUGCACCCCUGGAACCCGCACUGCCCCACCAUGCACUUCAACUACCGCUACUUUGAGACCGAGGACUGGAAGGGCAUCCCCGGGCAGUGGUGGUUUGGCGGCGGCACCGACAUCACCCCCAACUACAUUGUGGAGGAGGACAUGAGGCACUUCCACGGAGUUUACAAGGCCGUGUGCGACCGCCACGACCCCACCUGGUAUGACAAGAUGAAGGGCGACUGCGACGACUACUUCAUGAUCGCGCACCGCGGGGAGACGCGCGGCCUUGGCGGCAUCAUCUACGAGGACCUCAACGACCGGGACAAGGAGGAGAUCUUUGCCUUUGCCACCGACGCCGCCAACCACAUUGUGGAGGCGUACGUUCCCAUCGUGAAAAAGCACAAGACCGACCCCUACUCGCCGCGGCAGAAGGAGUGGCAGCAGAUCCGGCGCGGGCGGUACACCGAGUUCAACCUGGUGUACGACCGCGGCACCAUCUUUGGCCUCAAGACCGGCGGCCGCAUCGAGUCCAUCCUCAUGUCCCUGCCCCUCACAGCCAGCUGGCGCUACGACUACCAGGUGGACCCGCAGGGCCCCGAGCAGAAGUUCCUGGAUGCGGUGCGCAACCCCAAGGAGCAGCAGUGGGUGUGA